CGACCAGGCGGGCGCGCGCGCGCACCGGGAAGCGGGAGGAGUCCCGGAACCCCGCGGCCGUCUCCUGCGCGCCCCAGGACGCGCCAUGCUCGCACUGGGAAGCUGCCUGAGGAAGGCGCUGGCCCUGCGGGCGCUGGCGCCUCAGGUAUGUUCACCUUUUGCUACAGGUCCCAGGCAAAGCGAUGGGACAUUAUAUGAAUUCCGCACCUAUUUCCUCAAGUCCUCAAAAACGAAGGAGUUCCUGGAAAACUUGAAGAAAAAUGUUCACCUCCGGACUGCUCACUCUGAAUUGAUUGGAUAUUGGAGUGUAGAAUUUGGAGGCAGAACCAACAAAGUAUUCCAUAUUUGGAAGUACGAUAACUUUGCUCAUCGAACUGCAGUUCGCAAAGCCUUGGCCAAUGAUAAGGCGUGGCAAGAACAAUUCCUCAUCCCAAAUUUGACUUCCAUUGAUAAACAAGAGAUUGAGAUUACCUACCUGGUACCAUGGUGCAAAUUGGGAAAGCCUCCCAAGGAAGGAGUCUAUGAGUUGGCUACUUUUCAGAUGAAGCCUGGAGGCCCAGCUCUGUGGGGCGACGCAUUCAAAAGAGCGGUGAAUGCCCAUGUUGACCUUGGCUACUCUACUCUAGUCGGUGUUUUCCACACUGAAUAUGGAGCCCUCAACAGAGUUCACGUUCUGUGGUGGAAUGAGAGUGCAGACAGUCGUGCAGCUGGGAGACACCGGUCUCAUGAGGACCCCAGGGUCGUAGCUGCUGUUCGGGAAAGCGUCAACUACCUAGAGUCUCAGCAGAACAUGUUCCUGAUCCCAACAUCCUUUUCACCACUCAAGUAGUUUGGGACCUGACAUGGGCCAUCGUGGUCACUAACGUGAGGUGUGUCUACAGCGGAUGCUCAUGUCUCCCGAGAAAAUCCGUCUGUCUGUUGUCUGGAGGAGGUGGUGAGCCACUUCACCCUGCCCUCUGCAUUGAAGGCUGCCUGUGGCCCUGACUACCAGCAGUUCUGGAAGUGUCCUGUUCGUUUCCCCAUGCCGUUUCAUGUCACCAGAUAUGAGAAAGAGUUGCCUUCACUCUGUGACACUGGUACAUUAUUGUUCCACAGUAUCUUGUCUGCUGCGAUUUUAUGACUCAUUGCUGUCUUAUAUUCAAAUAACAAUUUUGAAAUAUUUUUAAAUUAGCUAAAUACAGUGUCUGUUAUUUGAUCAUGUUCAUUUUUUCCUGAAAUUUAAAAAUAUUUUUUAUCCAAUAAUGUUUGCUUUGUGAUAUCAAAUGGGAUUCAUAGAAAUAUUAAAUCUAGUAUUUGUCUUUAUGCAUUUCAAAAGUAUAAUAUCAUAUCAUCUGUAUUAAUUAUUUCAUAUUAAUUAUUAAGUCAAAGUAGGAAAAUAAUAUAUUCUGGAGACUUGUUGCUGGAUAGUAUAGUUUUACCAUGUUUGUUUUUAAUUAACUUUUACUAUUUUUUACUUUACCUUGAAUCACUCAGAAAGAAUCUGAUACUUUUUAUUUCAAUGAAAUCUUUAUAAUUGGAAAUCUUUGACCUAAUAAAAGCCUUCACACCCA